UUGUGUUGGGCGUUAAGUGGCCAGUUUAAACUUCUGAUAUGAGCUACGAUUUGACACAAAGCUGGGUCUAGGUUCAGUGCAUACGAAUUUAGGACACGCUGUCUAAAACGACUAGAGACGAUUUUCGCUGAUACCUUAAUGAUUGUCCGUUCUUAAUUUUUUAAAAACGUCAAAUGCCACUUUCCUUACGACUAUCUCGGGUUUUUCUUGUUUCAUUUAAAGAAUUUCCACAUGCAAUUUUUUGUUUAUAUCGGUUCAAGUUUCCCAGUGAUAAACGGUCCGAUGUCAACAGGGUUGUACCUGAUCGCCAAUCCGAGAAGCUCAUAUAUGGAGAUACCUACGUCAUCGGCUUGAAAUGAAAAAGGAAGACGACUGGUUGUCCAGAAUCCAUUGCGAAACCACUUAUGACACUGAAUUUGUUGAAUUGUUAAAUGGAUUGAAAACAGUAGAAUCGAUUAAUGGGAAAGGUCCGGUUCACAUAGACGAAAUGGACAAAUCGCUGUUAACCAAUCCUUGUUACGGCCGAACUGUGUGCAUGAAUGUCAAAUCAUUUUCGAUAGAAAAGUAUAAGAAAAAAAUGGAAGCGUUGCAGUGUGUCAACGGAGUGAUAGUUUAUUAUUUCUUAAACGAAAUAAAAAAUGUGUUGAUAGAAAAAAAGCCGUCCAAGCUCAAAGGUCCUACCGUUUACUUUUAUCCAAUAAAGAUUAUGCGUCGGAUGCUAGUAGUGUUAUAUAGGAGCAAAACUUUUGCGCACAAUUGGUUGUGGAUCAUUUUCAUUAGAUUGCAGGCAUGUGUCAGUUGGCCCUACUAUUUCUUGCCUGAUAACAUUUUAGAUUUCUCACAACACGAGAAGGAUUUAUUAAAUUACAUUCAACUUUGCAGAAAUAAUAAUUACCUACCGAGCAGCGAUGUCAGUCCGUCGGAUUCAAAAGUCUUCUACGAUACAAUGGUAGGCCAAGAUAUUCACGGAUACAUUAAAAACGUUUACGGAGCGGAGCUCAGUAAAAAAAUGCCACUUGUCUUUUAUUGGACUUCAAUGUUCAAAGUGGACUUUUUGGUUUUAGCCGAUUACUUUCACCGCGAUACCGACUUGUUCGGUUCGUCUAAAACGGGAAACGUCGUCUGGGGUGCUUCAAAAAAGCUACUUAAGGUUGAAAAGCAAAAACUGGCGGCCGCGUAUCGUACGAUGGAAUGGGUUACGAACCCGUUUGCGUUUAUCGAAUACCACACUCGAGUGCUGCGCAUUAUGAAGGCAAAUGCUUACUACCACAUUUGGUCACACCUGAUGUUAUUUAGUGUAACUUUAAGCCAGGCAAAAGAACACGCAGGCGGUGUCUUUCAGUUGAGGGUUAGAGAUUGCAAUAUUUGGAAGUCGAUGUACUACCAGAUAGGAAUUGUCGGCCAAGGUUUGUACAGUGACGACCCGGUUUUUUCUAGCGUCGUACAACAGUUGUUUGAAAAUCUAAAGAAGUUUGACUUUGAGUUUGUCAACAGAUUACAUUCCAUGACAGAGGCGCUGCAAAGAAUUAUACACAAAGAAUUAACUAUGUUAGGUGUCGACGAAAACGAUAUAAUGGACACAUUUAAUGUUAAUUGUUAUCUUUAUGGAGGAACUUCCGACGGCGACGUCGUGGUGUUCGAUGACCCGGUUGUCCAACUUCAGUGGAAAGAAGCGUGUAAGACAGAAAUGAUUUAUCACAAUUUGUUACAGUUGGGUGCUAAUGAAAACGAUGCACGUAGGUUGUUUUACGAAACUUGGACUGUCGAAGAUGGUGUGCGAUGUUCGGAUUGGGAAAAAAACAAUAAAAAUUCCGCACCGCCAAAUAUUGAUGAUAGCGUGCAAUAUAGAGAACAAGAAUCUAUGGAUACCGAAAAAAAUGAUAGUCACAACUCUCAGUUGAUAGAAAACUCGAUUAAUCAUCAAUCGAUAGAAUACAAUAUGAUAAUACACCACACACACCAAGUCAUGGUGCAUGCUUGGGAUCUCCGUUUAAAAUUCGCUCCACUCGAUUCUUAUUAUAUUUUGUUCUAUUCCAAUGGAAAUCGUGAAUUGAAUGAUACGUUUUUCCCCAAUAUCUAUCGAUAGAUGUUAAUUAUUAAUU